CUUCGAUAGUGACGCGACACGCUAGAGCAUCAAACAUUUAACAAAAUUAUUUGCCGAUCUGGCAGAAGUUAUUGACUGAUAACGCAACGAGCUUUUGCCAUGGCACCUGUUAGCAACGUUUCUCGGGUUUCUCCUGUUACAUCGCCGAAAAGGAGCAAGGGAGGAGUUUUGAUGGUGUAUGCGCCUGAUGAUGAAGAAGCUGGCGGUGAGGUGUCCAUCUCAAUUGAUGAUUUCAUCAAAGCCGAGCCGAAUCGUCCUGCAAGUAUCAGCAAACCAACCUUGAAAGAAGUACCACCCAAACCACUGACCCAGCUCGCCACUGAGACUGUUGGGAUCCAUAAUGAGUCCGCGAUCUCAAAUCAAACUCGGCUAAAGAGCGCAACCAUCAGCGGGCCAAGCAACGUUUGUGAAAAAACAUCACUGCCAUCCUCAUCUCUUCUGAAAGUUAACAUUGCCAAACAGUCUGUGAAGGACGUCUGUGAUGUUCAAAGGAUUUCUGCAAAUCCUUGCAUAGCAACCUCGCAGUGUCGCUCUAGUCCAAGAGAUCAGCAGCCUAAAACAAUACUGUUGUGUCCUCCACUUUCCAGUCUGACUCCAAGUAUUGCUGGAAAUAAAACGAAGAGUGUCACUGCAUCUCUUUUGAAGAAUCCGCAAACAAAUGGCAGAGAAUCACCUUCCAUCUGCAGUUUGAAGAAAGAUAUUGUACCACUUCUCUCUCAUUCCACCAGUAAAAAUGCGAUGGUGUCCACUGGCGUUUCAAAGAUCAAACCUGCAGAGCUUCGCGACGAUGGGAGUGAGCAAUCCUGUCCUCCUUUGCUUUUGACUCGGCUGCCUGAACGAUCUGGACCUCCCAAAUCGAUUUCAAGCGUAGCUGGAAAUCAUUGCAAGACUACUCUAACUGCUGGUGCACAAAAAACUGCUACAGUAUCCCAGAAAAUAUUGCUUACGAGUUCAACUCUUGGAAUAGGCUCCAUAAAUCAGACAGCUUCAACUGUGUCGUCCUUACAAAUGAAAGAUAACACUCUGCCCACCUGCAAUGAAAAUGCUAAUGUCAACUCUAAUCAUCCCGCCUCUGUAGUGGAAAAAACGCAGCUGACUCAAAUUCCUAGAGGAGCAGAGGGUAUGAGACCAGGAGCAACCGGAACAUCUGAAAAUUUAAAUGGAAACACGCCUGCUUUAGUUCAAAGUCAGCCGACGGACUUCUCUCUGCAGACAGAGGACAACAUUAAUGUGAAAGCCUCUGAAUUGCCUGAGACUUAUUUUGACGAUCUCUUCGACAUAAUGGACCUUAAGGGAAGAAACGACACCAAAAAAGAGAGAGACAACUUAAAUGCGGUUUCAGAAGACAUGCAUUCAAAUGAGGAUAUAUGCAAAAGCAAUCGUCAAAACCCACCCACAAAAGAAGCUAAUUCUUUGCAACCGCCCCUUACGAAACCUCCACUUCCAGCUCAAGAAAAGGAUAUUGCAACAAAUCCCCUUGCUAAAGAGGACCAAAUGUUGAAAGAAACCAAUUCAGCCUUGGAAAAUAUCACAUAUUUAAGUGGAGCGAAAACUUCAUGCCCUUCACUUGAAAGAAAGAAUGCAUUGGAGACAUUGUUGGAAUCACUGAAGUCAGCAUGUACAAAAGCUGAAGAAAACUCCAGAGGUGAAAAAGCUGAUAAAAAGGUAAAAUCUUCGCAUUCAACCAACAAAGUUACAUUGCCCCAAGACUCUGAUUUGAUCACGACAGCUCAAAAGAGCAAAAAAGAUAGCAUCCACUCACAAGCUUUCAAAAAUAAAAGUUAUCUUCCUUCCUUGAAGACUCCAGCAUCAACAGAGGGGCCAAAACCAACUACUGGACACGCUGCAUUUAAAAUAGGCCUCGGUAAUUCUAAGAAAUUGUUUGCCGCAGAGGAAGGAAGUGCAUCGCAGUUAUUAAGAUCUGAAACUUCUUUCUCUGCAAGUACCAAAGCUGCAGGGAUCAAACACAAGAAAAAAGCUGAACAACCGUCAAAAUCUACAAAACCUUCAAACAAGUCUUAUCCGGGCAUGGCCAGUGAAAAUGACAAAAAUCAAGAGUCCCUCUCUACCUCAAAGACAAUGGAUCCAACUGGAGAGGGAAAAUCCAAAACAAGCUCAAACAACACUGAAAAAACAGGAGGUCUAAAUUUGGAAAAAAAAUCGUCACCUCCAAAGGAUGAUAAUGCCUCCAAGUCAAGAUCAAAGGUUUCAACUCUCCCUUCAAGUGCCAAAGUCAAAGAGGUCAAACACAAAAGAAGUUCCAAACAGCCUUCAAGCUCUAGCAAGAAACAUUUACCCUCAAAAGAGCGUGAUUCAACAGUGGCAGUCAUUAAAGACAGUGAAGGAGGCAGCGAUCAUAAAUCGAACAAAAAUCAAGACUCUCAUUCUACUUCCAAGGCUAAAGAACCAACAAAAGUAGAAAAGUCCAAAUCAAGCACAGAAAAUACUGCACUGCGAAUGAAAGAUCCCUGUGACGCUAAGAAUUCUUGCACCGAAGAUAAAGGAAAUAAUGCGUCUCAGUCAAAAGCUUCAACUUUCCCUGCAAGUGCGAAACGACCCAAAACAAACAACUCAAAAGAACAUUCGCCUUCUACAGAGACUGGUUUGACCAUGGCUGUACAGAAAAAUGGAAAAGAAAGCAGCCAUAAGAUCGUUGACAAAAAAUCAUCAUUGGACGUUAGGGAGUCGAUUGAGGUUGAAAAAACAAAAGCAAGCACUGGAAACAUUGCUGCACAGGUUAAAGACCUCAAUGACGGCAGUAAAUUGUGCUUGGUGGAAACAGGAAAGGCACCUCUGGUUUUGCCAUCAUCACAAACUCCAGCUUGCCUUGCCAGUGCUCAAGUGAAGCAGAUCAAACCUUCCAGAGAUGCUAAAAAGCUGCAGCCCUCAAGGUCAACCAAUAAAACUUCCACCAUGAAACAAUCUAAUUUGAGCGUGGCUGUUCCAAAAAAUGGAGAAGAAAUCAAUCGCCAGAUUUUGGAUAAAAAUCAAGUCUCACUCAUUCCAUUGGGGCCAAAAGAGCAGCCAGAAGAAGAAAAAUCCAAACGGACUUUGAAAAAUACGGAAGUAAUGAAAGAUGAUCAUAGUGGUGUUAAACUUACGUGCCCCUCAGAAGGAAGUAAUUCAUCCCAGUCAAGAACAGUAAUUUCAUCCUGUCCUGCAAGUUCGAAGGUGGAAAAUGCAAAAUCUAAAACAGGUUAUAAAAAGAGGAAGUCCACAAACUUAACCAACGAUCAACCGCCUCUAAAAGUGUGUGAUUUGACGGAGGCAGUUCAAAAAGUUGGAGAAGAAAGCAUUCAUCAGAUAUCAGACAAAAAUAAAGAAUCUUUCCGUUCCUUGAAGACAAAAGAAGCUCCUAUAUUGGAUAAUUCCAAACCAUCCACAAAACAAGCUGAAGAAAUGAUCGUUGCUAAACCUUCAUGCUCUCCAGAACAGGAAAAUUCUUUGUCAAGAUCUAAAAUUUCACCUGCCCAAUCAAAUCCAAAGAAUAACAAGAUCAAACUUACAAGUGCUAAAAAACUGGAGGCCGCAAACUCGCCCAAAAAACACUUCCUUGGGAUAAAGUCUGAUGUGAUCGAGGCACUUCAAGAAGACCAUCCAAUUUCCUCAAAGGCAGAAGAAUCUCCUAAAGUUGAAAAACUUAAGCCUGCUCCACAAAACGAAAAGAUGAAAGACAAGAUCAUAUCAAAAGAAUCUUCUGCAGACGACGGCACUGAAACCGCAGGAGAUAAAAACAGUGGGAGUACUAAUGAUGGCGAAGAAAAAUCGGAAGGAAAACUUAGAGCUGUUUCCAAAAAAACUGAUAAAGCUGGCAAGAUCAUCAACAAGAAUGAGGAGAAGCCAUCUUCAAAUGCAGAUCAACCACCAACAGGGGACAAACAACCUGAAAGAACACAAUCUAAAAUUCGACCAAGCAAGCGUCUACUUGAAGGGCAAGAGUCAGCAGAAGCUUCACCUUCUUUAGAUGUUCAGACCAACAUCGAAGCUUGCACAGCUAAUGUUAGUAAACGUAAAAAGAAGGAAACCCAUAACUGUUCCGCAUGCUGUAGCACCAACAAGAGCCCUAGCAAGAUCUCGAGACCACCUAGUGCGAAAAUGGAAACAACUGAUGAGGUGAAGGUGGAAAAAAAUGCCAAGAACCAAGAACUUUAUGAGUUGGAAACUAGACCUGAUACAUCAAAAAAUGAAUUGACUGAGGAGACUGGCGCUAAACCAGCAAGACGCGGCCCUAAACCUAAGAACAAAGAUGCGAAGGAAACGCUAUCAAAGGCAGGGAAAAGAAAUUCUGCCUCUGGAGAAAAGAAAUCAAAGAGCUUUACACUGAAAAAACGUUCUCUGCGAUUGAAGAGGAAGGAAAGGAAGCAACUUUUAGCUGAUCAAGUUGAAAGUUUCCCAGUUGAGCGCGCUUUACGCUCCAACUCAACAAAGUUGCCGUCUGUCAUCGCUGAUCCUCCUAGCAAGCAGCCGCAAAAGUGCCAAACCACAAGGAAAAGUUCAAAACCUCGCAGCAUCUUACCCAAAGAGCUCUUGGAUGAAGCUGCCAUCCCAAAUGAUGCUGAAACUGAUGGGUCUGUUGGACCUUAUCGCCAGGAGGCCGCUCCAAAAACUAGCUGCACCAUUGGCACACAGACUGAGUUCGUCUCUGAGAUUCCUCAGGUGGCCGACGUUGCACUUAAAAAGACAUUCAAAAGUAUAUCCACGCAGACGGUAACAACUUCAGAAGCAACAACAGAGACCUCACUUACUGUGGCUGAUUCCCCAGAAGAUAGGGAAAAUACUAAUAUUCCUGAGAUGACUGUGGAUUGCCAAAAUCAGGCACCAAGCGCGUUGAGUGAUCGAGCAAAAAUAACCAAAAAAGGGGAUGAAUCAGUUAAAACAUGGGAAAUGCUUUCUUCCUCAAAAACCUCUUCUUGUGACAAGAUUUCUAGAGAUAGACAAGAAGUCACCAAUUGCGAUGAAACCGAUGCAGUGAUAGCAAAAGAAAAGAGCGCUGGUAACAAGAAUUCAGACAAUCAUGCGAGUAAAACGGGAACAAGCUGUGCAACUAAUGACAGAAAAUCUCUAAAACCAGAGAGUUUGCGUGAAACGGGACACGGAGCAAAGAAACGUUCUUCACCUACUGCAGCGUCAACUUGUGAAGAAUCCCAGUUAAAAAAACCACGGAAGGAUGACUUAGAUGUUGUUGCGGUGAUGCGUAAAUCCAUCGGCAAGAAAAAAAGCAAUGCCACAAGGAACAAGACAAGUAGAACAGAAGAGACCAUCCUUAUUAGCUCGGAUGAUGAAUCCUCAAAUAGGGAUGUUGAGCAAACCCAAAUAGGGACUGCUAAGGAUGUUCAAAUCGUCGCAGUAAAUAUGAGCACUAUAACAAUGCUCUCUGACGAUGAAUCUUCAAGCAAUGAGAAAGAGCAAACUCAAAAAGGUGGAGACGAUACUAAUAAUUUGCAAUUACAACAGGAUGUUGAAAUGAAUAGUGGUGAGGAAAAUCCAAACACUGACACUAGCAACUUCGACUGUAGUUCAGGAAUGACUGAUGGUGGAACUACUAGCAAACAUGCAGAGCAAACCCCAAAAGCAGCGGCCUGCAGUGAAACUAAUACAGUGGUCUCGCUACAAGUUACGGUUACAGUAACUCCAAAUGAGGUCACAUCUAAUGUGCAAAUUACUCCAGAGAACAUUGAUCACUCAGAGGGCGAACAUAACUUGAACAGCAUUACAAACAAAGAAUCAUCUGAUUUUGUAUCGACUUCCGAUCUUUCCAAUGAGAAAACCAAGACGCACGAAAGAGAAAUCAAGUCAUGCGCUGGUGCCAAGGUUUUGGACUGUGAAAUGGAAAUAACCAGCAAAGCAGAAGAAAAACAAAGGAAAUGUGUUCAAAAACCUGAUCAGAAGAAAUCUGAGGAGAAAGUAAAUGCACAAAUAGCUACCAAGUCCAAGAUGGAUGGAGAGAUCAAGAAGAAAAAACGAAACGAUGCUGCCAAGAAUUUGGGCCAUCAAUUAGAAACUGUAAAAUCUGGUGAUUCGACUAAUUCAGUAGAGGCACCAAAUUCAACAGAGGCUACAAAACCCACAAGUGACAAGAUUUGCAGCUCUGCAGUGAAAAUCACCAUAAACACAAACGUUGGAAAUGAAGCUGGGGAAGUUCAGGCGACUCGUGUCAGCGGAACCACUACCAAUAUAACACCAAACAAGGGCAUUACUAAUACUGAACCUAGGAAUGGAGAAGGAAAGUACAAAAUUUCUGCAGGAGGGAGCAGCAAGAAAAAACUUAGCGCGUCAAAUUCUACCCAGUCUAAGACGGUGGGAAGAGACAUCAAGAUCAAUGCACCAAGCAGUGCCAAGUCCAAAAGUACCAAAUCUGCUAUAAAUGCUUGUGAGCUUCCUGUCAUUGCCAAUGAUUGCGGCAAACCCAAUCUGAAUGUCAAUGUGAAAGACACUAUGGAGAAUAACUGCAGCAGUCAAAUGCUGGAAUUAAAACCUGAUCUUGCAGCAAACUCGGGGAUGGCUCAAGAAAAGUGCACUACCCCAAUAAGCACAAGCGAAUUCAACAAUGCUCAAGCAACAAGCAACAGCAGCAUUUCUUACGAUCAAACGUUACCAGCUAACCCGAAUUUGAGGUAUGUAAGAAAUGCAAGUGCAGACCGAGGAUAUUACGGAGCUCAACGUGUUGCACCAAAUUUUCGCACGGCAGAACCAUUAAUGAGAGGACAUCCAUAUCCGUCACCCCAAGGCAAUUGGCAGUGGCAACAACGACGUUCCCUCAUGGGCCCUGUUCAAAAUCCCUGGCUUCACCCACCACCUGGUUGGUACUCAUAUGGUGGUUCAUACAACAAUUACCCUCAAACAAAUUAUGCUCAUCAGAAUGCGUACUAUCCUCCUGCAGACUAUGAUAGACAUAUGGACGAAAAUUGGUAAAGUCAUAACUGACCUUAGCAAUUUAAAACCAGAUGUAACGCGUGCGCACUUAAUCUGUACCUGGCGCCUGUUAGUCUUCCUGGACCAAUAUAAGUUGUAUUGUAGGAUUAUUUAAGCUGCUAAAAGACUGCUUAAGCGCAAUAAUUUGUAUGUAAUCUUUUUGCCAUUAUGCCGUCCAUUGAGAAUUUGGAGCGAUUGGAAAUGAAAUAAUUUGUGUGCUACAAUGAGAAAAGACUCAUGACCAUUAUUUUGCUAUACACUGGUCGCGAAACUAAGUUUCCUCUUUCAGUAGACUGCUAUUUUACAUAUAUUAGAAUUUUUAACUGCAUGAUUUACUCUAAAAAGGCUUAGAAUAUGUAUGUAAAUAAUAAAAUGCUCAAAGGACCAAAAAAUGGUUAAAUUAUUUAGUAAUAUUCCUCUUUACUAUUUUUUUCUUCAGAUUGUCAGGGAAAUGUCA